AUGUCGGUGGGCAGCAAGUCGCUGCCGGCGCGGCGCGGCAACGAGGGACAUGAAAACGGCGACGGCGCCGUGGUGAGGGAGGAGGAGGGCGACUUGGCCAGGGGCGGCGGCGGCGGCGGUAGCCGCAGGAGCAGGAAGCAGAAGUCGGCGCGGUACGACCGCUGCUUCUCGGGGCUGGAGCUCAGCAUCGGGCCGGGCCCGUUGAAGGACGUGGACGCCGGGAAGCUCAAGGGCCAGAUCAAGAGGUGGGCGAAGGCCGUCGUGGCCUUUGCGCGCCAGAUCAGCUUCGGCUCGCGGAGGGCCGCGCCCACGCCGCCCGGCGGCGACGACGACACGCCGCGAUCGGCCCCGUUGCGGGCGUCCAGGUCCUCCAGCCGCCUCGGUGCCCAUGGCGUCAAAGAAGGAGCUUCCGACGUGAGAGCUUGA